UCAGCGUCCAGCGUAGAUGGGGAAUGAUGCAGUCGGCAUCAUCCCUGUUGGGUUGCUCAAUUGAUUCCUUCAAACCGCCAUGCUCCGCAGCUGCUGAUGCGUCCUCGUUUCUAGUGGCAUUCAACACCGUACACUCCGCUAGCCUUGACAGUUCAUUCUUGAGCUGAAUUCCGGUGGACCAGACUCCUCGUUUCUCUCAUGCCUUCACACCAGACUCCGUCUCAAGGAGACUCCUCCGGUUCAGGCCUCUCUCCUCGUCCGUUUCGGCUAACAUGCCCAUCUGUUCCCUGGUGAGGUAGUUUGAAGGAUUCUCGAGUAACCUAACGAGGUCUAAAGUGUUACGGAGCCUCGGAAGAACAAUCGCUGUAGUUUUUCGAGUGUUGUAGACUACUUGUCUUGAGGAAUCUAGACCUCACGUGGAAGAAAAGGUGAAGCCAUUCUCUGAUGGAAAUUUGAAGGAGAAAUAGCUGGCCUUGGCAGAUGAUCAAGAGAAGCCAUAGCUGACACUUUCUGACAACAAUGGAAGACUCUAUCCUGGACCAUGUCCUUCUGCAGCUCAACACGACUAAGAGCAGAUGCGACGUGGUCGUAUCUUGUAACGAAGAAGCCACUAUCGUGUCCACGGGGCUGAUCCGUCCCUUCGCGUCGCACAUCAAGGCGGUGGACGACCAGUUUAAGAGCGGCGCGCACUUAAUUAAGCUCGACCCGCGCGAGUGCCCCGAGUUUCUGGAGCGGCAGCGGCUGAAGUACCCGCUGGCAGCGGCGGCGGAUCAAGCCGAAGAGGACACUCUCCUCGGAUGGUUCACGCUGAAGACCGUCGAGAGGAUCGUGACGUUCGUGAAGUCGCCGGGGCUACUGGAGCACGCGGUGACGAUCGAGGCAGAGCUUCAGAACCUGGACGAGACGCUCCAUGGCGCGACUGCCGCUGUUUCCCUCCAGGUGGAGCAGAGUGGCCGAGAGGAGGGGUUGCCGCUAGGGGCCACGCCGCUGAGAGACCGACUCUCCGGCAGACGAGCGUCCUCGCGGUCGCCGUCGCCCGUCCGCAGCCUUAGCGGUCUCAAGGGGGAUGCGGCUGACGACAACGGCGAGCGCGUGAGUCGGCUGCGCAGAGCCAUGGACGUGCGCGCGUUGAUGCUGAAACGAGAGCAAGGCGUGGCGAUCGCGCGCGCAGCCGCGGCGGGCUUCUCCCCGGACGUGCUCCCGCUGCUGCUCUGCUUCGCGGAUUGCUUCGGAGCCGUCCGAUUGAAGCACGCGUGCAUCAAAUUCGCCUCCCUUUUCCGCCGCCAAGACUCCGCCUACGCGGAAAGCCUAACCCGCGCGCAGUUUGCGCUCUCCGCCGCCGCGCAGCCUGGCGGCGGCGCAAGCGCGGGCGCGGGAAGGGGCGCGGGAGGUGCGCCGCAGCAGCAGCAGCAGCAGCAGCAGCAGCAGCAGGCGUUCGGGCUGGCGGGCGGGCGAGGCGGCGGAGUCUGGUUACCCGACGGCCACGUCGCCGGCAACACCGUUACAGGGACUCCCGGGGGCUAUUACCCCUUCGUUCCCCUGUAUAACGGGGCUAUCCCCGGCCCCAUCCCCGGCGCUAUGGGCCCGGGAAUAUCGCCCCCGCCGGGUACGCCUAUAACGUACGGCCUCGUCGGUCCUAACGGGGAGAUUUACGCCGUUACCGGCGGCAGCGGCGGAAUGGGCGGCGGAAUAGGCGGCGGAAUGAGCUGCGCAGCUCUCGGCGGGAUGGUGCGCGGAACCAGCGUCGGCGGCGGCGGCGGGGGCGGUAGUGUGGGCGCGGGUGGUUGGGGGAGUGCCCCCGGUUUCGCGGGGUAUAAUAGCCCGUAUUCCACGCCUGGAGGGUGGUCCGGGGAGGACCGAUCAGAAUGGAGCACGGAUGACACUAACGGAGGAGGGGGGUACGGGACUGGGCCGGCCGCGUUUCGCGGCGGUUCGCCCGCUGCCGCAAGAAGGCGGCGGCCGUUUAAGUCCAAGUCGGCUAGCCGGCUGAUGCCGUGGCAGCAGCGGCCGUGGAGUGUGGCGGGAAACGCGGGAGCGUGGACGGAUUUGUCGGAUACGAGCAGUGCGGUGUUUUGUAGGGACGAUGUGACUGAACCGAGUGUGCUUUUCUCGGGGGGGAAUUUAGUAGAGGAUAGCAGCAUCACGAGCUCGGUCGCAGAGAACCAGCUCAGCUGCUCGGCGAGCCCGCUGCGACCGGUGAACAGUCGCGCGACAUCGCCCAGGUCGCGCACGUCGUCGCCGAUGUCGCGCGCAUCGUCGCAGGAGCUGAGGGAUUUCGUCCAGGGAUUGCAGAGGAGAGGGGCGAAGGCGGAACAAGGGAGUGCAGGGAGGGAUGCGGCGAGUGGGUGGGACUUAGCCGCCGGAAUGGGAAUGAGAAUGGAGGCAGGGACCCCGAUGGGGGGCGGGAAUAGGAGCGGCAGCGGAAACGCGAGGCCUUCGCAUCUCUCCCCUUUCAUCCGCUCUCAGUCCGCGCAUCAAGUGAGAGCGGGGAGCGGGGGAAGGGGCGCGGGGACCAGCGGAGUAGCCGAGGGAGGAGCCGAGGGAGAGGCGGGGGGAGCAGGGGGAGCAAGCGGCGCAGGGGGGGCGGUUGAUAUCCUAAUGGUGACUUCUACCACUCCCAAGAAGGGCUCGCCACGGGGCAAUGCGGAUGAGGGGAGGGACUAUCUGGGGGAGGCGGAGCUCAGGGGAGGCACGACUGGCCUGAAUGGUCUGACCAGCCCACGUGGCACUGGGAAUGACCGUAGAUUGGCGGGUGAGGAUCUAGUGAUGGAGAUCCUGACAGGGAGCGCUGGGGGGGAGGAAGAGGGGGAAGACGUGAUGAAGGGGGAAGCUUUCCGCAACUCCCUGGACGCUGGCGGGGGGACGGGCAGGGGUGGGGGGAGAGGUGGCGGAGGGGUGGGGGGAGCAGGCAGGGGAGCGGGGGGAAGGGGGAGCGGAGGUGUCGGCCCUGGGGCGCGCGCUUGGGGGAUGGGUUCUGGCGGAAUGGGCGCUUUGGCGCGGAGCAGGAGUAUUGGGAGCACGGGGAGAGGGGGGGGAGCGGGUAGGGGGCGUGGCGGAGGCGGAGGGGGAGGCGGAGGGGGAGGGGGAGGGGGAGGCGGAAUGUUGAGUGUGCAGGAGAGGGCGAUGAUGGUGAUGGAGAGGAAGCAGCAGGAAGCAGCCAAGCGCCGGGAGGAGGAGAAGCGCAAGCAGGAGGAUGCGCGGCAGCAGCGGCUCAGGCGCAGCUCGUCCCUCGUCCGCUCCUCCUCCUCCUCUGCCUCCCUCUCCGAGCGACGCCGCUCCCUCUCCUCUGCCUCUCACUCCGCCACCACUGCCGCUACCACUACCACUGCUGCUGCUGGCGCUGCUGCUGCUUCAGCCAGAGCAGCACGGGCAGCACCAACAGCAGCAUCUACCCUUGCGACGCCAAGCAGCACCUUGGCCGCACAAAAGAAGGAGCAGCUACCCUCCCCCUGCUCCAUGCCCUCGCGGCCCCUCUCCGCCCCUCGCACCUCCAGGCCCAGUGUUGGUGGUGGGGUGUCCCGCGCCCUCUCCUCCUCCUCUUCCCUCACUGCCCCUACUGCUACAUCCGCUGCUAGAGCAGCAGCUGCUGCUGCUACAGCUGCUACAGCUGCUACAGCUGCUACUGCUGCCGCUGCUGUGAAAACUGCUGCUCCGAAAUUGAUGUCCCCUACUGCUGCUGCUGCCUCUGCUGCAGCAUCCCCUUCUGCUAUUUUGUCGCGCGCCCGUGCCCGCGCACCGAGCCCCGAUCUCUACCGCACAGGCAAGCUCGGGCAGCAGAACGGGCAGCAGCGAAUCUCUGUCUCCCAGAACGUUCCAGGAAACCGCCUGCAGGGUGCAGCUGCUGCUGGCGCCAGGGGUGGGCUGGCUUCUAGGAGGGCAGGCAGCGGGGGAGGUGAUACUGGGGGAGGUCGAACUGGGGGGGACAUUGCUGGGCUUGUAAGGGGAGGGCGGGUGGUCCGGUCCCAGAGUGCACACGUGGUGGUGAGGGAGAGCGCAGAGGAAAGCACCCAACUGCUGUUGACGAAAACACCCUCGUCCAACGAGGGACGAGGUGCGUCUGUUGCUCGGCGCGGGGAUGCUGCUGCUACUGGGAGUGGAAGAGGAGGAGGAGGAGCGGCAUCGGGCCGUGAGAGAGCAGGUAAAGUGGUGGAGAAUGAUUAUCCGGUUCUGCUGAGAAACAAAUCGCCCAUUAGAGGCAGGGAAGGUAGUGAAGCGAGUUGGGCGAGUGGGGCGAGUGGCAGCGGGAGUGACGGAUUGGGGGGGCCGGAGGCCCUGCUUGUGACCUCGCUCGAGUGCUGGAACUUCAGUGAAAUUAGGCACGCGGCGGCUGUAGCACCUGCGGGAGCAGCAGCAGCUGGAGAGAGGGGAGCAGCAGACUUGGAUGUGAAUACGAGUGUCGAUUUUGGCAGGAUGCAGGGAGGGAGAGAAGCCCAGGGAGUGGGGCAGCAGCAGCAGCAGCAGCAGCAGCAGGAGCAGGACUAUGAGCAGCAGGAGCAGGAGAAUUACCGAAGUCCCCCUGCAAGGGUGCUGACCUUUGGCGAGGCCCCUGUGCUUCUGCCUGCUGGUAACACCCUUGGGCCUGUGGUGCGCUCUGGAAAGGAGGGUGGAAGCCGAAGCCCAGAUUCUGCGGGAACGUGGAAAGGGGAGGAGCAGGGUGUCCAGGAGUAUGUGAAGGGGGGGAGGAGCCGAGGGGGCAAGGAGAACAAGCUGCUGCAGCAUUCCCCGCUGACCAAGUCCAGCUCAGCAUCAGGAGUCCCCAGCUACGCUCCAGUUUCUCAGCCAGAAUCCGAUUUCGGCUCUGGUUCGUUUGGUGAUAAUGACAUCGGCGGUUGGGGGAUGAAGUUUGCCCAAUCCGCCUCGAUCAAAGCAGCUCCUACUGCUGCUGGAAGCAGCCCUGGGAGUCCCUGGAGCAAAAGUGUACUGGGUGAUAAUAACGCCUAUUUGGGUUUAGAUGGGCCGGUUGGAGUUUUGGAGGAGGUGCCAGUGGAGACAAGGAGGGUGGCUACAGACGAGCAUGUGUUUUUGAAGGAUACGAGGCAGAAGCAGGAGAAGCAGUAUAUUGAGAUGCUGAGGGCCAGGGAUGCAGCAUGGAAGGCAGCGACUGUGGUCGAGUCGCCUACUGAGAAAAAGAGGGGGUCCAGCCUGAUGAAGAUGCUUGGAUUCGGGUUUUGAUCAUAUGCUCACAAAAAAUGUCGGUCUUCCGUACUAAUAUCGCUAUGUUAUGUCAGUGUUAUAAUAAUUAUUACUAAUUAGU